GCCCUCCUGGGGCCCUGGCAUCUCCUGAGUGCCGGGUGGUCCAGGGCCUCCCGCCCGGGAUGGGGGACGGAUCCAGUUGGGAGUCCACAGAGCCCUGGCCCCCGUCUCCCUGGGACACGGUGUCGGGAUGAGGGCCCCCGGGCAUUCUGAGAGGGUCUGUGACCCGAGCCCAUGUCCCAAGUGCUGGCCUCCGAUGCUUGGUGCUCAGGAAGGCCGGGCUGUUACCCUGGCUGAGGCACAGCAGGUCCUGUGUGGGGACGGGCUCCGGAUCCGCCUCGCCCAGACUCCCGGCUCUGCACGUCAUGGCCGUGUUGGCCGUCCUGGAAUGCCUCAGUGUCCUCAUCUGUAAAUCGGGUCAAUAAGAAUGAUCGACUUUCAUAACACGGGGCCAAGUGAAAUGGGGACACCCGUGAAACCACAUCACAGCCUGCCCAGCACCCACGGGCCUCUGUUCGUACGAGCUCACGGUACUCUGUGCCUCAGGGGUCCCGACAGGCCCCGAGAGCCCUGCAUUUGGCACAUUUUUCAGGACGGAGCCCCUGGACUGCCAGGUUCCCUAUCCGGGAGGAGGAGAAAGAGGAGAAAUCCGUCUGCUGGGGCCUGAGCGUGGCCUGGGGGACCGACCAUCGUCCCAGGAUGCCCCUGCCCGAGCCCAGCGAGCAGGAGGGUGAGAGUGUGAAGGCUGGCCAGGAGCCGUCCCCGGAGUCCCCUGAGCCAGGGACCGAUGUCGUCCCCGCCGCCCCCACGAAGCCCAAAGAGUUCUCCAAACUGGUCCUGCUGGCAGCCUCCACAGAGAAUGUGGACGAGGUGGACUCCCAGCCCAAAGGAGGGCACUGUGUCAUGUCCCUGGAGUUGUCUGGCCCUGACACACUAGCCAGGACCCCCCAGAUCCUGCCAGUGGAGGAGCAAGCGGGCACAGUCCAGCCAACCCCCCAGGUCCCUGAGCAUAAACGCAGCAAGCCAGACACAGCAGCCCUCACGCCCCUGGAGUUCCUGAGGACCCCUUUCGGGGGCCGCCUCCUGGUGCUCGAGUGCUUCCUGUACAAGCAGGAGAAGGCCGUGGGGGACAAGGUGUACUGGAAGUGCCGCGAGCACUCUGAGCUGGGCUGCCGGGGCCGGGCCAUCACCCGGGGCCCACGGGCCACAGUGAUGCGCGGCCACUGCCACCCACCUGAUGAGGAGGGCCUGGAGGCCCGGCGCCAGAGACAGAAGCUGCCCAGCCCAGCCCUGCCUGAAGGCCCGGGGGGUCCGGAGGGCCCCGGGGGCCAAGUGGAGGAGCCACUGGAAGGGGUGGGCCCGUGGCUGUGCCCUGAGGAGCCGGAGCCCGCCCCUGGCUUGGUGCUGAGCAGGCCGGCCGCAGAGGAGGAUGAGGGCCUACGAGCCCUGUCGCUGCUGAGCUUGCCCCCCAAGAAACGGCCGACGCUGGGGACCGGAGAACCCCGGCCCCUGGAGUUCCUGAGGACUUGCUACGGGGGCCAGUUCCUGGUGCACCAGUGCUUCCUGUACAAGCGAGAGAAGGCCGUGGGCGACAAGGUGUACUGGACGUGCCGGGACCACGCUCUGCACGGCUGCCGCAGCCGGGCCAUCACCCAGGGCCAGCGGGUGACUGUGAUGCGCGGCCACUGCCACCCGCCGGACGUGGAGGGCCUGGAGGCCCGGCGGCAGCAGGAGAAGGCCAUGGAGACGCUGCAGGCCCGGCCGGGCGGGCCCGGGGGCCAAGUGGACGAGCUGCUGUCCCGCGGCGGGCCCGGGCCCCUGACUCUCGGCAGAGCCCGGCCUAGAAAGCGCGCAAAGGCCCUUCCGGCCCAGCCCCCGGCCCUGCAGGGCGCCUCCGCCGGAGACCAGGAGGAUGACCUGGGAGGCCCCGAGUUCCUGAGGACCCCUCUGGGGGGCAGCUUCCUGGUGUACGAGUCCUUCCUGUACAGGCGGGAGAAGGCGGCCGGGGAGAAGGUGUACUGGACGUGCCGGGACCAGGCCCGCAUGGGCUGCCGCAGCCGCGCCAUCACCCAGGGCCGGCGGGUGACUGUGAUGCGCGGCCACUGCCACCCUCCUGACCUGGGGGGCCUGGAGGCCCUGAGGCAGCGGGAGAAGCGCCCCUGUGCGGCCCAGCGGGGGAGCCCAGGAGGCCCCGAGUUCCUGAGGACCCCUCUGGGGGGCAGCUUCCUGGUGUACGAGUCCUUCCUGUACAGGCGGGAGAAGGCGGCCGGGGAGAAGGUGUACUGGACGUGCCGGGACCAGGCCCGCAUGGGCUGCCGCAGCCGCGCCAUCACCCAGGGCCAGCGGGUGAUGGUGAUGCGCAGACACUGUCACCCGCCCGACCUGGGGGGCCUGGAGGCCCUGAGGCAGCGGGAGCAGAUCCCCAGCCCAGCCCAGAGGGAAGGCUCAGGAACGCCGCAGCCUCUGGAGUUCCUGCGGACUUCGCUCGGGGGCCGGUUCCUGGUGUACGAGUCCUUCCUCUACCGGAAGGAGAAGGCGGCCGGGGACAAGGUGUACUGGAUGUGCCGGGACCAGGCCCGGCUGGGCUGCCGCAGCCGCGCCAUCACCCAGGGCCAGCUGGUGACGGUGAUGCGUAGCCACUGCCACCUGCCUGACCUGGCGGGCCUGGAGGCCCUGAGGCAGCGGGAGCGGCGCCCCGGCGCGGCCCAGCGGGAGGACCCAGGUGGAGACAGGGCUGGGGGUCAGAGAAAACACGAAACUUCCGCCAGAAGUGCAGCUGCGUGUCCAGAGCGUCCCUCCGGAAACCCAGCAGGUGUGCGGGUAGCGGUGUCCGUUGUCUGACGUCGCACCACAGAUCGCCCGAAACGCGGUGGCUUCUGGUGACGGAGAGUCACCGUCUCCCACAGCUUCUGUGGGCAGGAUUUCCGGAGUGGUUGGGCCGGUGGUUCUGGCCCGGGGUCUCUUGUGAGGUUGGAGAAGGUGUCGGCCAGGGCCGCCGCGGUGACGCGAAGGCCGACGGGGGCUGGAGAGCCGCUUCCGAAGCGACUCAUUCAGUCAGCAUGUGGGCUGCUGGCCUCAGCUCCUCCCCGCACGGACCGCUCCUCAGAGCUGCUCCGGUGUCCUCACACCCGACGGCUGUCUCCCCACGAGCGCGCCGAGGGAGGGAGCCGAGCGAGAAGGCCCGCAGCCCUCCCACGCGCACUCGGGGCCCGGCCGGGCGGCCGCGUCUCGGCCCUGACCCAAGGCCCCAGAAUUCUACGAGGACUGGGUUCACACCAGCUGUGUUAUCGGUCACAGUGCGACGAAGCCAGAAGUCGGGACACGGAGAAAGUUGGGGACCUCAUAAAUGUGACAGACAACACGCUCCUGAACAACCGAUGACUCGGGGGGAGAAAUCCCGAGGACAGUGGAAAAUAGCCCGAAAU